AUGGAUAAUCAAGCCCAUGCUUUUGGUGAUCUGGAUCUUACCUGUAACGAAGACGCAAGUAUAUUUGAUGAUAAGGAUGGCCACGAAGAGCUUGUAGAUCAUGAUGGUUAUGAUAACCUUUCUGUAAAACUCUACACUGAAAUGCAUUUGCAAAAGCAGCUCAUCCUUGUUCGUGUUGAUCAAGACAUGAGGGCCAGCCUUAUUGACAGGAUAUUGGUUUCAGAAAGGGAUGCACAAAACCCUUGA